GUAAGAAAAAUAGAAAAUCGGCCUACUAUGGCUUCCACUCUUUCUAGCUCCAGUAUUCCGUUCCCGUUGCCGGGAAAUCAUCAUCCGUUUGACAUUAAGCCGGCGACAUUCCGUUCAGUACAAAGUUCUCGGUCCAAUUAUGAAUCCGACGACCGACGACAAGAUGAAGAUACUAUUCAAUGGACGGCGAAGGAGCGAGUACCAAGAGUAAUCGAUACAGGGAAGACGGAUAAUAGAGUGCAAGGAAACCAGAAGAUUGCAUCUAGAAAGGCAAUAUCGAUAAUUCUUCGUAGGGAGGCCACGAAGGCCGUCAUAGAGAAGAAGAUUGGAAACUCCAAGAAACUUUUGCCAAGGACUGUCCUCGAAGCCUUGCACGAACGCAUCACUGCUUUGCGUUGGGAAUCGGCUCUCAAGGUAUUCGAGUUACUGCGAGAGCAGCUUUGGUACCGGCCAAAUCCUGGUAUUUACAUAAAGUUAAUCAUCAUGCUUGGAAAAUGUAAGCAACCAAAUAGAGCUCAAGACUUAUUUCAGGAUAUGGUUGAUGAAGGGUGCAUCAUCAAUCAUGAAUCUUAUACUGCUCUAUUAUCCGCCUAUAGUAGGAGUGGCUUAUUUGAGAAGGCAUUUUCUAUUCUUGAAGAGAUGAAGAAUAUGGAUUACUGCAAACCUGAUGUGCAUACAUAUUCCAUCCUUAUUAAAUCAUGCCUGCAAGUUUUCGACUUUGACAAAGUUCAAUAUUUGCUUUAUGAUAUGGAAUCUCAAGGAAUCAAGCCGAAUACUGUUACAUACAAUACUUUGAUUGAUGCAUAUGGAAAGGCUAGAAGGUUUGGAGAGAUGGAAACAACCAUAAUUAAAAUGCUCCGAGAAGGGGAAUGCAAACCAGAUACAUGGACCAUGAACUCAGCAUUACGAGCUUUUGGAGGCAGUGGCCAAAUAGAGACAAUGGAGAAAUGCUACGAUAAGUUUCAAUCCUCCGGGAUUCAACCCAGCAUAAAGACGUUCAACAUACUCUUGGACUCUUAUGGAAAAGUUGGAGAGUACGAGAAGAUGAGUGCCGUGAUGGAAUACAUGCAGAAGUAUCACUACUCGUGGACAUUAGUAACUUACAACAUCGUGAUUGAUGCAUUCGGAAGGGGUGGAGAUUUGAAACAGAUGGAAUUUUUGUUUAGGCUGAUGAAGUCAGAGAGGAUAAAACCAAACUGCAUUACACUUUGCUCGCUUGUUAGGGCAUAUGGGAAUGCAGGAAAGGCUGAUAAAAUUGGUGGUGUCUUACGGUUUAUCGAGAGUUCAGACAUUACACUUGAUCUGGUGUUUUUCAACUGCCUUAUCGACGCUUAUGGAAUGAUGGGAUGCUUGGCAGAGAUGAAACAGGUGUUGGAAAUGAUGGAGAAGAAAGGAUGCAAGCCUGAUAAAGUUACAUAUAGAACAAUGAUCAAGGUUUACUCUUUAAGUGGAAUGAUCAGUCAUGCAAAAGAACUCAGAAAAUUUCUUGUCUCCCCAAAGGAGGAACCUUCAUAGUUGGUGGGGAGAUUAAAAUUAUAUGGCUUCUCUCUAAUUUGUUGAUUAUUUCAGUAAUUUAUCAGUUAACUCUUCCUAUCCUAUCUUCAUGAAAGCUAUGUUCUUUCCCAUUUGAAAACACUUUCUGGAUCCGGGUAUCUCAUCUGGACGUGGAUCAUAUGAGACCACAUUUGGAAACAUAACUUGACGGUGGUUUCUUAUCUAAAUGCGAAUCCAGACCUAGAUUCAUAAAGUGUUUCCAAAUGGGCACGUACUGAAGAACUCGAGAUAAGACAGAUUCAAAUAUAUUUUGGUAAAGGAUUCAGAUACAAAU